CAAAAAGCGCAGCAAAUUUUGUGAGCUCUAAAAAUAUCCAAAAAAUAAUUGUGUGAUUUUUUUCAUUUUCAUUCUACGGUUCAUAUUGCUUUAACUAUUUGACUAUGGAGAAUGAAAUUAUUUCCGUUGACGAUGAUAAGAUAGUGUCCACUACAGACAAACGCGGUCCCAUUAUUAUGUCCAAUGAAAUGAUUACACCGCCAGCCAAGAGGUUCAGAGGUCCGCGUAAUCAGCAGGAAUUUGUUAAAACACCAAAUGGCAAUGAGCAUUAUUUUAAUGGCGGUGGCGGUGGCGGUGGCAACAGCGCCGGCCAUACUCCUUAUGCAGGCAAAAGCUAUCGUGGACGCGUGGCCGGUAACUUUGCUCAUGGCAAUUCGGUUGAUCAGGGGCAGCGUGGGGGCUGGCAGCGCGGUAGCAGCAACGGCGGUGGUGGACGCAGUGGCGGCGGCAGUCAGCAACGCAGCGAUGAUUAUAUGAUAAUUCAAAAGCUGCGUCAACUGGGCGGCCCCACACUGGAUCUAGAGGAGGAAUCUUCAGCUGAUUUGGAGGAGCAGAAGUUCUCCAAUCACAAUCGCCUUUAUCUUGGCAAUUUAUCGGGCGAUCUGCUCAAGGAGACCGGUUUGCGCGAGCUCUUCAAGCCCUAUGGCGAGGUGGAGGAUGUGUUUCUAAACUCAGAAAAGGGCUUUGCCUUUCUGAAGGUCGACUUGCGUUGCAAUGCCGAGAAGGCCAAGCGCGUGCUGGAUGCAUCCACGCACAAUGGACGCCAGCUGCGCGUGCGCUUUGCGCCAAGCGGCAAUGCGCUGCGUGUGAGCAACAUCAGUCACUUUGUGUCCAAUGAGCUGCUGUACAAGUCGUUCGAGAUCUUUGGCCCGAUUGAGCGCGCUGUGAUUAGCGUUGAUGAUCGCGGCAAUCACAUGGGCGAGGGCACUGUGGAGUUUCUCAAGCGCAGCUCGGCGCUGCUCUGUCUACGUUGGUGCAAUGACAAGUGUUACUUUUUGACGGCCUCGCUGCGUCCUUGCGUGGUGGAGAUUAAGGAGGACUUUAAGGAUCCGGAUGGACUGCCCGAGAAGGCGCUGGCCAAGAGCCGCGAGUAUGUGCAGGAGCGCAAUGUGGGACCGCAUUUCGCUGACGUGGGCACGUUUGAGCAUGAGUAUGGCAAUCGCUGGAAGGAUUUGCAUGUGUUUUACAACUCUCGCAUGGCGACGCUCAAGCAAGAGAUGCAGCUGGAGGAGAAGCAGCUGGAUGCUCAAAUGGAGUUUGCACGCUACGAGCGUGAGACGCAGCUACUGCGCGAGGAGCUGCUGAAGCGUGAGGCAGACAAUGAGCGCAUGAAGCUCGAGUGGGAGAUGCGUGAGAAGCAAAAGGAGGAGCAACGCAUGCUGCAGGAGGAGCAGCAAAUGCUGCGUCGCCAGCAUAGCGUGCCACAGCUGCAGCAGCAGCAGCAGCAGCAGCGCGACGCUAUGUUCUUUCGACGUCGCAACUCUUUUGUGCCUGGACCGUCGCCACAACAGCAGCAGCAGCCACAGUCGUUCAACAUGGCACGCAAUGCCAUUGGACUGGGCGAUUCGGGCAUUGAUGUGGGCUCACCUUUUGUUGUGUUUGAAGAUAGCGAAGCUAAUGCGCCCAUUGCUGACAAUCCGCCUGUGCAGCGUAAUUUUAAUAAUCAGGAUUCAAUUGAUGUUGUUCACUUUGAAGAUGGCAAUGGACAGCCAGAGAAUCCAGCGCUUUGGGGACGUCGUACGCUGUAAGCAGCUCAAGCAACAACAACAACAAAUGCAGUUAACAACAUAUUAAACUACAAACAACAUAUGCAACUUUAUA